AUGCGUGGUGCCAUAGUUUUUGCUGGGUCUUCGCACCCUAAGCUUGUCGAGGGCAUUUGCGACAGGUUGGGCACUAAACAGGGCUCGGCCACGCUGGGCAAGUUCAAGAACGGGGAGACGUCUGUUACCAUACAGUGGAAGCGAGAGGUUGGUAGCUGCGUCUUGAGCGCAACUGUCGCUAAUAGCAGCAGAAUCAACGAUUCAGUCAUGGAGCUACUGAUCAUGAUCUCUGCCUGCAAAGGCGGCUCAGCCAAGUCUAUCACGGCUGUUAUGCCGUACUUCCCCUACUCGCGCCAAUCGAAGAAGAAGCAGCAUCGUGGGGCUAUCACUGCUCGCAUGGUCGCAAACCUCCUCCACGUCGCCGGCGUCAACCAUGUCAUAACCCUCGAUCUGCAUGCCUCGCAAAUGCAGGGCUUCUUCAAAUGCCCAGUCGACAACCUUGUUGCCGAGCCCCUCCUUUCUCGUUGGAUCCGCGUGAACGUGCCGAACUGGCGUGAAGCUGUGGUGGUUAGCAAGAAUCCCGGUGGGACAAAGCGCGUCACGUCACUCGCGGACGCGUUGAAGCUCAGCUUCGGCAUAGUGACAACGGACAGGCGGAGGGCCGGGACUGCGGUGCAUUGGAACGAGAGCGCCAUGUUUGAGCAGCUCAGGCUCGAUGGUGGCUACGAGUCGACUGCGCUGCCAGAGCCUGCCCUGGAUGCGGACGCCGAGGUGACACCCAUCAACAAGACCUCAAACGACGGCAAGCCAAAGCCAAAGGCACACCUGGCAUCAGCCCCACUACAGCGACGCGUAAAUGGCCUGUCCGAGUCCAUUGGGAGCCCAUUGUCCAAAUCCAUGCGGGCGAGCUCCAUCGUGGAGCCCGAAGUACCACUUGAGCCAAUACGAACCAACGUCAGCAAUGCGCAGGACGAAGAUGAUCACAGUGCUGAUGAGAGUGCCGAGGAAUAUACUGACGAGCGUGCACGGAAUGUCAUCCAUGGACGUCUGGUACAAGGACAUAUCGUCGACGACACACACCCCUCUCCAGCCAUCUCAGCCACCUCGCACACCACAUGGCGGACCCGCCCGCCAUCUGAAGGCGACGAAGAUAUACCUCCAAACAUGAUGUCCUCGUUCAUGUCCACGACUUCAUCAACAAGGAACAAGGACAGCGAGCACUCCCACGCGCUGGGCGGUACUUACGACGCGGCAGCAUCAUCAGAAGACGAGGAAGAAGAUCUCAUUAACCCCGAGCUGGAGACCAUGGUCACUCUCGUUGGCAACGUCAAGAACCGGCCAGUCUUUAUCGUCGACGACAUGAUGGACAAAUCAGCGUCCUGGAUUGCAGCUGCUGAGACAGUUGUCAAACGGGGCGGCGCAACCAAAGUCUAUUGCUUUGCUACUCAUGGCCUUUUCGGUGGUGACUGCCUCGAAGAGAUGAACAAGUGCGACCUCAUCGAGAAAAUCAUCAUCACCAAUGCUUUUCCGAUUCCCGAGUACAAGCAAGACCAGGCGCGAAACAAGCUUGUCGUUAUCAAUGUUGACAAUCUGCUGGCCGAGUCGAUCAGGCGCAAUCACCACGGCGAAAGCAUGUCACAGCUGUUCAUGCACUACGACUGAGCCAUAUUUACCCAUCUGGCAGUUCGUCUUUUCUAUACAACUUUCAUAGCGUUUGGGUGUUA